AUGAACUUCCACAUAUCACCCCUCUCGCCCCUGAGGCCGCAGUUCACCGGCUCUCUCAGCCCGAGCCCCAGCGCCGCCCGCCGCGGUAGCCCCUCCGAGCCCGAUGACACGAACCACGACACGGUGGGCCUCACCGGCCAGCCCAAGAUCGAGGUCGACGGCGUAGAGGCCGACGACGAGAUGGCCAGCGACUCGGACCUAUCAGCGGACGAUAUCACACAGGACAGUAGGGACGUCCUCGUGCAGCGCCUCAACGACCUCGCCCAGCGCCUCAGCGGCGCCAACGUGCGCACCGAGAACAUCGAGGCCCUCCACGCCCAGGUCGACGCCAUGGAGAAGGUGCUGUCGCGCCGGCGCAGGAGCCCCGGCCGCCACACCCCGUCCUCCACCGCGCGGCGCAGCGCGUCGCUGCAACCCGGCGGCUCGCGCCCGAGGUCGCUGGUGCUGCCGCCCGGGGGCGACGGCCGCGAUGCGCUGGGCAUCAUGGCGCCGAUGAGCCCCUCGUGGCUGAGGUCGCACUUCCAGAGGCGCCCUUCUUCUAUGCACGGCGACAGGCCCGACGAGACCUCGGAGCUUCACAAGGCCGGCCCCGUCCCGAUGCCAAUCCCGCCGCCGGCGCGACACUACCAGCCUGCCAGCGAGCAUCAGCUUCAGCCCGGUGAGGCGACUAUGACCAGCAGCUCGCCCAAGAUCUCGUCCGAGAUGGCCGAUAGCAUCGUCCUGGAGGCUGAGAACCUGUGCGCCGAGAUGUCGACCGUCAUCGAGAGCCUGCAGAAGCGGCGCGAAGAGUCAGAUCAUCUACACGCAAUAUCUGUCGAGCGAGAGGAAGCUGCAAAUGAGCGACUGCGGCAGCAGGAGGCCCGCAUCCACGAGCUCGAGGAGGCGGUCGCAGAGGACGAGUCGGAGCUCCGGUACCUGAAGAUCCAGCUGCGCGCCAUCGAGGCCCAGUGCGCAGGCUACGUGCCCAAGGGGGCCGACCCGGAGCUGGAGCAGAGCAUCCGCUUCUGGAAGAGGGACUGGGCGGAGCUCAGGGACAAGUGGGCCGCCAGGAGGGGCUCUUCUUUCGCGAGCGGCGACGAGUCGGGGACGUUCUCCAGCCUGACGAGCCCGUCAGCAAGGUCGGCGCGGUGA